AUGGCGUGCGGCCCGGCCCAAGUCUAUAUAGACUCAAAAUCUUUCAAUCCGUAUUCGUCUCCUCCUUUCUCCUUGUUUCUGCCUCCCACAAAUUCAGUGAAGAUGAAGAAACCGGUGCAAGUGUAUAUCAGUUCGGUUCUGAAAGCAUGCCGGAACCAUGUCAAUGUCAGCAAUACUUGUUCACCUCCACAACUGAAUAUCAAAAAUUUAAGGGCUCGUGCUGCAACUCCAACUGCUCCAACAACUCUUGUUGGUCCUCCAGAUCUCACAAGAUUAACCAACAAGGUCUUCCCCUCCUACGGUAACCCCUGUCUAGAUCUAUUUUACCAAGUGGUACCAGACGCUGCCAACGCUGGUGCCGAUUCCCACAAAUAUCUUAAGCAACUGCUGCCGGUGGCCUGGUCCCACAAUCCCUCAACGACCCUCAAGCUCAUCUGCAACAAACUCAAUGUCCAUGGAAAAGACGACCAAGAUGGCUUCUACACGGCGGCGUUUUGGCUCCAUCAUAACCACCCUAAGACCCUAGCCUGCAACGUCCCGUCUAUUGCGGGGUCCUUCGGCACUUUAACGACCCUUUUGGAAAUUCUAUACCGGAUCCUACAAGGCCAAGAUCGCCCCCUCCAUCUCUGUCUCUACGGGGAUAUCAUAACCGUCAGCUCUGCUGGUAGCGAGACGAUCCUCGCCUUGGCCAGAAUGGCCGUUGAGAGGUACCAGCGGGACCCGGAUUAUCGGUUCUUACACGACCGGAUUUCGGAUCUUUUCACCGAUUGCUUGAAGUCUGAUAUUCAAAACUUGAACAAACACCACCAGCAGAAUAUCAAUGAUGAUGAGGAUGAUGAGUCGACUAAGUGCUUGGAGACAACCUACGCGGAGGGACUGGUGCCCUUCCAUCGACUCCUCUUUCGAUCACGCCACUCUGCUCUGCGAGAGCAUCGCCAAGAAGUUUUUUCCCCGAGAAUCAUACCCGGAAUACGAAGGUCUUGA